AUGAAGAAGAAGUUGAUCAUGGAUGUGGACACAGGGGUGGAUGAUGCUCAGGCCAUCAUGAUGGCCCUCGCAGCACCUGGUGUAGAGAUCCUGGGCAUCACGUGCUGCCACGGCAACACGCCCCUGGAGAACGUCCUCAAGAACACGCUGCGCGUCUUGAAAGUCUGCAACAGGCUGGAUGUGCCAGUGUACCGAGGCUGUGCAGAGCCCCUUGUGGCUCAUAAACGCCACGCUGGAGAUUUCCACGGGAAGGACGGACUGGGCGACGCCCCCGAUCCAGACGCUCCAGGUCUGGAUGCAGUGCAGGAGGAAAAAGCUGUGGUGGCCAUAAUCAAGAUGGUCAAUGACAACCCAGGAGAGGUGAGUCUUGUUGCCACGGGGCCCCUCACUAACCUGGCCAUGGCGGUGAAUCUGGACCCCUCCCUCCCCGAGAAGCUCAAGGCCCUCUACAUCAUGGGAGGAAACACUGAGUCCAGGGGUAACACCACAGUGUGCGGAGAGUUUAACUUUGUGGCUGACUCUGAAGCGGCCUACGUCGUGUUGGACCGCUACACCUGCCCCACCUACAUCGCCACCUGGGAGUUCAGCUGCAGGAGCAGUCUGCCGUGGUCCUUUGUGGACACUUGGCUGGCCCAAGACACAGACAAGGCUCGUUUCAUGGAGAGGAUUUCCUCCUUAACCAGAAAGAUGGUCCAGACGGAGCGGUAUCAAAAGGAGCUGGUGUCAGGAACUGAGUUUAACUCCUGUGACACCUACGCAAUGGCUGCGGCCAUCGACGACACCCUGCUGACAGAAAGCGAACAGGUGGCAGUGACGGUGGAGCUGCAGGGGACCCACACCCGAGGCAUGAUGGUGCUGGACCACAUGGAGCUGCUGAAGAAGAAACACAAGGCGAUCAUCAUGAAGACUGUCGACUUGGAGAAGUUCAAGCUAAUGUUGAUGAAUGCGUUGAAGUAG